CAUGACCAGAUCUCCAAAGGGUAUCUCUCUCCACUCUCUUUUUUUUAACACUGUUUGAUCCUACUGUGAUAUUGGCUGGACCAUCUUUUACUGUGCCCUUGAAGCAUUGCAGAUUCAAUGCGUCGUGCUGCUGUCCAGGCUUUCCGUACUGCGCGUCGUGUCCCAGUAUGGAGGGUAGCUGGUAGGAAGCCUUGCACGGUAUCCUUCUCCAGCAGCCAAGCGCUGGCUCUCCGUGCUUCUUCAGCCGCCGGCAAGACCCAGUCAUUUCUUCCUGCUACUUUACAGUCCUCCAUGCACAUCCGGAACUUCUCUCUAGCCGUGAUUUCGACGGUGGUUGCCUCGGGUGCUUGGUAUGCCUACCAGGGCGGCAACUCUCCGCAAGCCUCCGCGGCGAGUCUCGUUAAUACGUCGACGACCCAGACACGCUCAUUAGCGACCGGGACGACGCCCGGUAUACUGCCCGAGGAGACUGCGGAAUCGACGCGUCGUGCUCUCCUGGUGGAUAACAACCAGUUCUACACGGCGACGCUAUCGGGAGACCAGCCUCUUUCCAAGCACGGAGACGAUUCGGAUCGACGCGUUCUCGAAAUGUUGACACCGGAUCAGGCGACGCAGAAAUUGAGGAGGAAUGAAGAGUCGUAUUUGGUGAACCGCGGCCGAGGGGUGGUUCGCUAUGAUAUUGUUCAGGUCCCUAGUAACUCGCCAAUCGAAGAUGAUCAUGCUGAGAAGAUUGUCGAGGUGCCGUCCACCGUGGCUUCCACCAAAGACGGCGAAACAAAUAGCGACUGGAUGUUUUGGACUGUCUUCGAUGGUCAUUCGGGUUGGACUACAUCUGCCAAGCUACGUGAUGUUCUGAUCUCAUACGUGGCCCGAGAACUGAAUACCACAUACAAGGCCGCUACCGCCGAAUCCUCCACUCUUGUUCCGUCUUCUGACGCCAUCGACGCAGCUAUCAAGCAGGGAUUUGUCCGCCUUGACAACGACAUCGUAUAUAACAGUGUUGAGAAAGUCUUCAAAUCCAACUCACGCCGAGCUGCGGCCGAGCUUCUCGCGCCCGCUCUUUCCGGCUCAUGUGCCCUGAUGGCAUUCUAUGAUUCCCAAUCCAAGGACUUGAAAGUGGCAUGUGCUGGCGAUUCUCGGGCUGUCUUGGGCCGUCGGGGUCCCAAUGGAAAAUGGACCGCCACCCCUCUAUCAGAAGACCAGACUGGCGGCACCCCCUCUGAGAUGAAGCGUCUGAGAGAAGAACAUCCGGGAGAGCCAAAUGUCGUUCGCAACGGUAGAAUCCUUGGCAACUUGGAGCCGAGCCGUUCUUUCGGUGAUGCAUUCUAUAAGUGGAGCAAGGAAACCCAGGAAAAGAUCAAGCGACAGUUUUUCGGAAGGACUCCUCACCAGCUGCUCAAAACCCCUCCCUAUGUCACUGCCGAGCCGAUCAUCACCACCACCAAGAUCGAUCCUUCUCAGGGUGACUUCGUGGUCAUGGCUACCGAUGGCCUAUGGGAGAUGCUGAGCAACGAGGAAGUGGUCGGCCUCGUUGGCCAAUGGAUUGAGGAACAGAAAUCCGGCUCCACAAAUGGAGGCAACAGCGCGUGGCUGCAGAGCUGGUUCGGCUUUGACAAAAAGCAGCUCCCCGUCGAGGCUCCCAAGGAAACUGUGACAGACGGCCAGCGUCGCCCUAUUCGUCAGCAACAGUAUGACAUUCCGGGCGCUGCAAGUCGAUUUGUCGUGGAAGAUAAGAAUGCCGCGACCCAUCUUGUCCGCAAUGCUAUGGGUGGCAAGGACAAGGAUAUGCUCUGUGCACUGUUGACCCUGCCGAGUCCCUAUUCACGAAGAUACCGUGACGAUGUGACUGUUGAAGUUAUCUUCUUCGGUGAGGGCCCUGAUACCCGUACUAUCUCCAUUAACAAGGAAGCUAGCGCCUCGGAAGAAGCGCAAAAGGCAAAGUUAUAGAACCGUCUUCUCUCAAUUGAUCAUCUCACCUGGAGCCUUGUGAUCUGUCAUUAUCCCAGAUCCUGGAGGGAUUCCACCAGGGACACCAACACCAAGCUUGGCAUUUUGAUAAUAUCGUUCUUGGCGUUGAAUGGAAUUUCGGCUGCAUCUUGAUCUAAUGGAUGUAUUUAUUCUCUCAUCAUCCUGCUAAUAAAUAUAUGCGCAGGGAAUAAGAUACCCUUUUCAACCUCAAC